AUGGAUCGUCAACAACCUCUUGAACAUGAUUCUAAUGCUGCAUUUGGACCAGCUAUUCAUACAUUUGAAUCUGAACAUAGUUGUCAGUUGAGGUGCCUAACAACAUGUGCAAUGCACCACCUUCCUGAUCUUAAUAUGCCCCGAUGGGUCUGUCCAACAGAGAAUAAGGAACAAAUAUAUAAUGAAGAGGCAUAUGGACAAUAUGAAAGUUCCUAUAUAGCAACAAACACUUCUGUUUUUUCAAAUCAAACAUUAAUAUUAUUUAUUCCUUUGUUAGUUGUAGUUUUAGUUAUUUUUAUUAUUUUAAUAUUAAGAAAGUCAUCUCAAAAUUGA